CAGCUAUUGAAAAAAUCACACAUGGAGAACGUAUUUAAGCAAUUGCCUCAAUACAAUUUAGGAAUUUACAGUGUUUUUGAUUUGUGUGAAGUGAAAAAUAAAUUUACAAAUAAUGUCAAAUCGUGUUAGACUAUGGUGUAAUGGAUAUAACUUGACAAUAAGGUCUAACGGAGAAGUACUUGGAACUGACCAUGAUUCUGAUCCUGACAGCAAGAUUGAAAUGUCUUAUGCAGGAGACGAAAAUCGAGUAAGGCUUUUAGGUAUUAAUAGCCAGCUGUAUAUAUGUUUUGACGAUAAGGGACAGUUAUACGGAGAGAAAGAUAGGAACAAUCCAGGCACGAUCUUCAUGAAAGAUUAUGAUGAAAUUUCUUCAUAUACAACGUUCCAAAGCACCUUGGGUUCCAAAAGUUCGUUUAUAGGAAUUCGAAAAAACGGAGAAUUAAAGUCAGUAGAAAACACUGAUGAAGGGCAAGAGGCCAUGCAAUUUUUACUUCGAAAAUUAUAAAACGACUUUUAUAUAAAAAAAAAGUAUAACAGCUAGAUUAAUAAAAUAAUUCACAUUU